UUGGACAUUCAGUGUGCGAUAUCCCGGCGGACGGUGCAGACAGCGUUUUGCCUCACACGAUCCGAGCAAAAAUUACACCAUAAUCCUAUAUGAAAAACACUUAAAGUUACAUUUAAAAACUGUAAAAGUAACGCGAUUAUAGUUUUAAAUUGAAACUUAAAACUACAUUUUUUUUACUGUGACAAAAAACAAAAAGUACAAAAUAAAAGUCAUUACAAAUACAAAACAUACCUCAAUCAGUAGUUAUUUAUACGUGCUAAAAGUGCCCAAAUAAAAGUUCCCAAAAAAAAUAGCAACUAAAAAAUAAUAAAACACACAGUGAAUUUAACAACCUCUCAAAGAAAAUACAGCUGAUAAACCAUAUCAACGGUCCGGUGACUAAGCUCAACCUCAGCCUCAGUCCUUCUACCUACUACCUACUACCUCUCACUUCCCCCAGUACAUCCUGGCCCCCAUAAACUACGGACAUUACGACGCACACAUCCUGCGACAAACACACGGCGCCCCAACAUUCGCCACAUUUCCAAUACAAUGUAAACCAAACGAUUCUCCGGAUUCUUUCAAUUCUUAUUCCGAUUUAUAUUUUUCAUACAUUCCUUAAACAAAAAAAAAACGUAAGGCUACGUAAUACUGUAAAGCAAUCAAUGCACUUUCCAUAAUUCUUAACUUAUUUAAUUAUUUAUCUAAAAAUAAAACAAUUUUGUGAUAUCUUUUUUGUGUUUAGUAAUAGGUCAAAAAAAUAAGAAGAAAAACCAAAACAAAAAGUAUGCAAAGCCCAUAGACAAGUAAACCAUAAAAAAACAAUAUUUAUUAGAGCACCAGUUUAUGAUUUGUGUUGAGAGUUUAUUUUGCGUUGUUUUAAAUUAAAUAUAGUUUAAAAGCUUAGACACUCAGGAUUUAGUUCAAAUAUAGUUUAGUUGAUGAGUUUCAAUUGCGAAUACUCGCUUGAGAAUAGGCCCCCGCACACGAACAGACACACGCAUGCACGCCAACCGUUUGGGGCUGCUCCACACCGACACCUAAAGACCCCCACACACGACACGACGACCACAGACACGCCAAACCAAUGCUAAAAUGUCGCUGCCCAACGAACAGACAAACUUGCCGCACAAUCCCAGCCAGCCAGCAUCCACAGACACACCAUCCACACCAUCCACAACAGGAACAACACCUUCCACACCAACACCUUCCACAAAAACAACAACACCGAAUGAGCUGAAACACCGCCUGACGCCAUUGAAUGUGCGUCGUUUAUCGGGCUAUGUCAAUCCGCAAGUGAUCAGUGAUAAUGCUGCUGAUGAUCCCCCGCCCACCACCAUUAAUAUUGGCCUCUUCAACAACAAUAACAACAACAAUACAAAUAAUAAUAACAACAACAACAACAACACAGCAUCAACAACGCCACCAUCUGCAUAUGCCACACCACCAAUAUACCAACAACAGUUGUCCACACUGACAGCAACCACUCCGCUAGAUGUGGCACCGGAUGAUAAAUACAGAUUGUUUACCAUUUUCAAUGGAAACGAUCCCGACAAUGAGAAAUUGUCGGGCCUACCACAUUCGACAACCGGUUCACUAAGCUCAAUCAUCACGACGUCCAUAGCAUCCUCCGAACCGGAUCCUGGAGCGGCGAGUGGCGGCGGUGGCGGCGGCGGCGGAGGAGGAGCAGGUGGCGGCGGAGGCGGAGGCGGUAGUGGCAAUGGCGGCAUCGGUUCGGGUGCCCUGGUGGCAGCGGACGCCUCCAGUAUCGCCGGCAUCAAUGGCAGCUCCGAGGAGAAAUUGGCGCUCAAUAGGCCAGGCAUCAAGCAGGAGAAGUGGACCACGAUCCUGCUGCAGGUCUCCAUUCCGUUCUUCCUCGCCGGCAUCGGCACCAUCGGAGCUGGCAUUGUGCUGGGACGCGUUGAGAAAUGGUAUGUGUUCAAGAAUGUGAGCGAGCUGUUCAUCCUGGUGCCGGCGCUUUUGGGCCUGAAGGGCAACCUGGACAUGUGCCUGGCAUCGCGGCUGUCCACGCAAGUGAACCUGGGCAACAUGACCAGUCGGCAGAGCGUGAUCAGGAUGAUAGUGGGCAAUAUAGCGCUGGUGCAGGUUCAGGCGACUGUGGCCUCCUUUCUGGUGGCCAUGUUUGCGGUGAGCGUUGGUGCGGCCAUGACCGGCGAUUUCUAUUUCGAGAACAUGAUGCUGCUGACCGCCUCGGCGAUGUUCACGGCCACUUCGUCAUGCUUUGUGCUGGACUUCGUUUUGGUCGCUGUCAUCAUGUUCUCGCAGAAGUACCGUCUCAAUCCGGAUAAUCUGGCCACGCCGUUAGCCGCCUCCAUUGGCGAUGUGGUGUCCAUCAGUUUGCUCUCCUUUAUCGCCUCGCUGCUGUACGAUCAUAUCAAAACGCACCUGUGGAUCACAUUCAUCGUGGUCACUUGCUACCUGGUGCUGCUGCCCAUGUGGGUGAUGAUCGUGCUGAGGAACGAGUACACGCGACCGGUGCUAAAGAGCGGAUGGGUGCCCGUCCUCUCGGCCCUCUGCAUAAGUGGUCUGGGCGGCCUUGUGUUGGAUGCUGCUGUCGAGGUGUUUACUGGAUUCGUGGUGUUCCAGCCGAUCAUCAACGGAAUCGGCGGCAACCUGGUGUCGGUGCAGGCCAGCAAGAUAUCCACAAUGCUGCACCAGAGCUCAAUUAUCGGGAUUAUACCACCGCACACGAAGAUAUGGGAGUGGCCGUGGCGGGCGCUCUUCAAAGGAGUUCCCUAUGCGAAGACAGCGAGAAUACUUAUUGCCAUGUCCAUUCCCGGCAACAUUCUGUUCAUCUUUGCGGCCGACUAUAUCAAUUAUAGCACCUCUACGGUCACCUGGGUGUUUGUGGUUUCCUAUCUGAUGGCCAGUUUAGUGCAGGUGAUGCUGCUGCUCUAUAUUGCCCACAUUAUUGUGCACGCGAUGUGGAAGUGGAAGAUCGAUCCGGAUAACUCGGCCAUACCCUACCUGACGGCCCUGGGCGAUCUGCUGGGCAGCAGUCUGCUGGCGGUGGCGUGGCUCUUCACCAUGUCUGUGGGCAUGGAAUACGGAUCCGGAAUGCAGACCCUCAACGCACCCAACUAGAUAAGCAAACGAAAUAGGGAAUAUGGAAUACGGAAUACGGAGUACGGAAAAACGUAGAACGAUAAACAAAAAGGCAGCCACACACAACACACCACAACCACACCACACAAUAUAAAGAACUGUUAUGUACCUAAAACAAAUAUAUAGAAAACGUAGAAAUUGUACGUAUAGCCUCCAGGUCCCCCCUCCUAAAAAAAACCUCCCAACACCAAAAGGAAACGGAAACCAAUUUAAAAACGAACUAACUUUUAAUGGUGCAUGUCGAAUGAUCGAGGCGAGAGAGAUGAUGAUAUCCUUUUACAUUGUGUCCUUUUUCACAUGGCUUUUGCUUGUGUUCCUUUUGCUCUACCGAGAAAUUAUGUGCGAUUAUGGUAUAUAGACAUGCUAUAUGUGGGCAUACAUAUGUAGAUUUGCAGGCCUGCUGCGUCAUAUUUUUUAAGGCUUUUAGGACAAUAUUAUACACAUUUAAAGAAAUAUAUACACUGUAUAGGGAGAAAUAGAAGACGAAGAAUAACUAAAAGAACAUUUACGCAACGCAAAUUGUUUUCUCCCACUUCGGUUCUUGAUUCUUUCGCUCUGGUUUACCUUAAGCAGCCAAAAAAUAAUUGCAAAAUAUAGUCUUAAAUGUAACCUACUUAAUUCCUUAAUUUACACUUGUCCACCAAUUAGUAGUAUUAUCGCAGAUUUGAUUUUUGCAAGUCUCGCUUUCGAUUUUGUGUGUGUUUUUUUAAUAUUACUUUUCUCAUUGUCCCCAUUUCCAUUUCCCCGCAGCCCCCAGCGAGUGUAAAAGAAAAGCAAUAAUUAACGCGCGAAAAACGAUAUUUAUUAUUGCAAAUUAGUUAGGACGAUGGGAAAGUGUAUGCAGGAGUUUGUACGUUCUGCAACAAAAAGUGAACAGGGAUUAAAACGAUGAGAAUGAGAGACGUUCUGAAAGGAAAUGUGAUCGAUAUUUAGUUAUAACAAUAUUAAUAAUUAAUAUAAACUAAUAAAAAACGUAAGAGAAAAGGCAUCAAUAUUGUGUAAUACUUGAAACAAUAAUACCAAUUAAAUAAAUAUGUUGGAAUAAACGAAAGCAAACAAAAUCGUUCAUAAGGAGAA